AUGGACUCGAACACAACAGAUGGAACCUGUGACAGCCCGAGCUCACCUCCCACCAGAUCAACUGUUGGUAGUCAAGUCUCUGUUAGUGGGGAGUUCGUACUUGGCUCAAACAUAAGUGCCUCGCCGCAAACUCAUACGCUUGAAAUAUCCCCUCAGCCUCCAGUUCCCUCGCCAAACCAUUACUCAUCCACACCCUACUUGAACACGCCAACCCCCGAGUCUACUUACCUCUCCACACCUGCCUCUCAAUCAUAUUCUCAGUUUCCAACCUUAGCUUCAGAAGGCGUUGAUUCAACCUGGAGUCAACCAGAUCAAGCACAGGAGGGACCAAGAUCAUUGUUUUCCUUCCCACAAGAGAACAGGCAUCAAUUGGCACCGAACUCUCGUCAGACGGGACGAUCAACCAGCAUGAGCACUGUUGCUAUUCAGUUUGAUCCAGCUUUUACCAUGGGACCUCGAUCAGCCUUCACAUGGCCAGGCCCGCUCGAGUCAAGUAACUCUGGAAGCAGCUUGCUAAGUCCUGGACUGCCUUCAAUGGGACAUGUUUCUGGAAGUAGCCUCACACCCCCACCACAGUCAAGAUCCGUGACAUCGAGCCCCCCGCGACUGUCUCUUUCGGCAGACCAGCGAGAAGUCAAACGACAGUCAGAUAGGGCACGUCGAGACUCGAGGCUGGUGAACAGAAUGCGCCGCGCCAACAGUAACUCUUACGUCGAUUCUUCGCCUUCGGCUUUGGGACUUGCCACUACCACGACUGCUAUGAACAUCUCAGCUUAUACAACUGCCCCCGCUCCCGUGACUCUAAUGAGCGAUACCCCGACCACGAUGAGCAGUUCGACGUAUCUUCAAUCUUACAGCCCGUCCCUCGAAGACCACCAACCGCAAUCCGCACCCGUUUAUCCUACCUCAUACCCACAAACCUUUACCCGAUCACCGCCUGUACCUGUUGGCCAGGACGUUGGUUUCAUGUAUCAGGUUUCUCCUGUCCUGGGUCCUGGAGGCGCAAACACACAAGAAGCGGGACAUGUCAGAGUCGUGCAAAGUCGGCCAAAGCCGCGAUGCUGGGAACACGGGUGCAACGGACGACAGUUCUCAACUUUCAGUAACUUGUUGCGACAUCAGCGCGAAAAGUCUGGCCAAGCCGCGAAGGCUUCGUGCCCAAACUGCGGAGCCGAGUUUACGAGAACUACUGCGCGAAAUGGACACCUACUUCACGACAAGUGUAAGGGUCGACGAAACUCAUGA